GGAGCAUCUUGUUUCCACUCGGCCGAUUACUGGCGUCACAUCAGAGAAGAACGAGAGAGAGGAGAGAGAGGAGAGGGAGAGAGGAGAGGGAGAGAGGGAGGAGGAAAGCCAAGAGACCAGAGAGAGGAGCAGAGAGACAGAUACACAACAGAUAACCAGGCUACCAGAGAGAUAACCAGGCUACCAGAGAGAUAACCGGGCUAACAGACAGAUAACCAGGCUAACAGGCUAAGAGAAAGAUAACCAGGCUAACAGACAGCUAAGAAGCUAAUUAAAGAGGUAAACAGUGAAUGGGUUUGAUACAGAUGGAGUCUGAAGAGAAUCUGCUCAACAUUUUUCUGCUGCUGCUGUUCGGAUCACUCUUCACCAUGGUGGGUCCUUCUGCCCCGGAGGAGGGCUGGCAGGUGUACAGUUCAGCGCAGGACUCUGAAGGUCGAUGUGUUUGUACGGUGGUUGCUCCCCAGCAGACCGUCUGCUCCAGAGACGCCCGAACCAAACAGCUCAGACAGCUGCUGGAGAAGGUUCAGAAUAUGAGUCAGUCCAUCGAAGUUCUGGACCAGCGGACUCAGAGAGAUCUGCAGUUUGUGGAGAAAAUGGAAGAACAGGUGAAGGGUCUGGAAAACAAAUUCAAACAGGUGGAAGACGGACACGAGAGCAACAUCGCCAGACAGUACAAGUCUAUAAAGGUAAAGAUGGAGGAGUUACGUCCUCUGAUCCCGGUCCUGGAGGCCUACAAGGCAGAUGCUCUGCUGGUCCGACAGUUUAAGGAGGAGGUGGCGAAUGUGACAGAGCUGCUGGGAUCCCUGCAGGAACAAAUGGGAGGUCUGGACUACCAGGAGCUGCACGGCCGAGUGAUGAACCUGGAGGACCGGCUGAGGGCCUGCAUGCAGAGGCUGGCAUGUGGGAAGCUGACAGGAAUCUCUGAGCCAAUCACCAUCAAGUCGUCAGGAUCGAGGUUUGGAUCGUGGAUGACUGACCCGCUCGCUCCGACUGGAGACAACAGAGUGUGGUACAUGGAUGGUUACCAUAACAACCGCUUUGUCAGGGAGUAUCAGUCGAUGUAUGACUUCAUGACGACGGAUAACUUCACAUCUCACCGCCUGCCUCACCCCUGGUCCGGCACCGGUCAGGUGGUUUAUAACGGAUCCAUUUAUUUUAACAAGUUUCAGAGUCACACCAUCAUCAAGUUCGACUUCAGCACAUCGCUCAUCAGCCGCUCCCGCCAGCUGGACUUUGCCGGCUACAACAACAUGUACCAUUACUCCUGGGGGGGGCACUCAGACAUCGACCUCAUGGUGGACGAGGGGGGUCUCUGGGCCGUCUACGCUACCAAUCAGAAUGCUGGAAACAUUGUCCUCAGCCAGUUAAACCCAAACACUCUGCAGAUCAUCCGCAGUUGGAUCACCAACCACCCGAAACGCAGUGCCGGCGAGGCAUUCAUGAUCUGUGGAACCCUGUACGUUACUAAUGGGUACUCCGGUGGAACCAAAGUUUACUACGCCUACUCCACCAACUCCUCCACCUACGAGUACAUCGACAUUCCUCUGACCAACAAAUACAGCCACCUGUCCAUGCUCGACUACAACCCUCGAGACAGAGCACUGUACGCCUGGAACAAUGGCCACCAAGUCCUUUAUAACGUCACUCUUUACCACAUUAUACAAUAACACUAACUAACAAAUACAUAAAGUUACCCUCUAAAACACAGUAACAUAUCUGCAACCCCAGAGACAGAGUGCUGUACGCCUGGAAUAAUGGCCACCAUGUCCUACAUUAUGUCACUCUUUACCACAUUAUACAGUCACACUAAAUAACAAGUUACCCUCUAAAAUACAGUAACAUAUUGGCAACCCCCGAGACAGAGGGCUGUACGCCUGGAAUAAUGGCCACCGUGUCCUACAUUAUGUAGUCUUUACCACAUUAUACAGCAACACUAAAUAAUACAUUUAAGUCCCCAUAUUGUUACCCUCUAAAACCAUGUUUCCCAAACUUUUUCAGACCAAGGACCAUAUUACAAAUUUUAGCUAAAUUAAAGAACAGUUUUACAAAAUAUGCUACUCAAGCAUUGUCUCUAUUGCCACAACACAUAUAUGUUCCUCAUAUAUGUGUUUGUCGCUGGCAGACAGUUAGAGAAACACCGUUUUGAAUUUUAAAAUAAAAACUGAAUCUUUUACAGAAUCUAGUCACAGACCAGCAGGGGUCGCUGGUGGACAACCAGUGGUCCGUGGACCACUCUUUGACUAAUACUGCUCUAAAACACAUCUACAACCCUCGAGACAGCACUCUAGUCAAAGUCCUUCAUAAUGUUACUCUACCACAAUAUACUGUAGAGUAGCACUAAAGAAUAAAUAGAAUAAGAUUACAGAAUAAAUCCAUCCUUUAAAUAAAUCCUCAUGUUCUCUGACCCAUACAGAGUCAAAGGAGAAGAUAGUUUUUCAGGUUAAUGUCUGUGCCUCCAAGACAGAGAAAGAUAUGUUAGCUGAGCUUUGAACAAAGACUCAAAGUGAGGGGAACCUAUCUGGUUAUUUCCAUCAAAAGAAGAUGUUUUUAGCUUAGCAGUUAACAGUUCAUCCUAUAAUAGCUGGUUUAUUUAGCAGUAAAGUUAGACCACAGUACAAAAAAAAAACAUUUUAUGGUUAGUUUUGCAAACAAAUUUGGUUGGUAAACAAAUAACUCCAACACUAUUGCCAUAAAAUCACACGGUUUAAUUUUUACACCUGUUGCACCUAUUCAACAAACAAGAAAAGAAAUGUAACAACCAAAUCAAACUAAAUACACUCAACUAAAAAUGGAAAAGUGACAGCCAUGGGGUUGUUAGAAGUUUUGUUGGAGUUUUCCCCUGCAUCAAGUCUUUGUGUGAAUCUAAGCUAGCAGUUUCCCUGCUUCUAGUCUUUGAGCUAAGCUCAGCUAGCAGAUUUCCCUGUACUGGAGUUUUUCUAAAAGUGUUAGACUGUUAACUUAUAUCUUUUAGUUGAAUAGAAAGUUGUAUUUUGACCACUUUGUUGUUUUAAAUUACCAAAGUAUUUGAUACAAAUGCACUUGAAAAGUAAACAACACACUAAUACAAUCACAAACAAAUGAAAAGUUCACAAUAAGAGACACUGAAUUGUUUACAUUAUUUGAUAGUGGGCACUGAAGAAUGCUACACAUUUGUAUGAUGAAUUUGUUUUUUUGUGGGUGAAAUCUGACUUUAUCAAAUCAGACUCACUGUUCUUACUCUGAAGUAAUAAUAAUAAUAAUAAUAAUAAUAAUAAUAAUGUCUUUUCUUACUGUUGUGUAUUAUAUAGUGAUACAAAACCUUUACUACAGUCUAGAUUUUCCAGUAAUUUCCUCAGAUUGUAAACAUGUUGUUCUAGGUUUAGUAAGGCUACCCCAACAUCGUUCUUUCAAUCUUUUCAUGUGGAAUAAAAACAUGCCCAAAGCAUUCUGAUAUUAAAAGUGCGAUGUAAAAAUGAUAAGUGACUACUGUCGGCAGGUCAAUUGUCACCGGCAGGUUGGUGUUGGGGAUUCAGUACUAAUAUGUCAGACAUCAAGAAACAGCAUCAAUUCUGUGUGAGGAAUCAAAUGGAUAAAGCAGUCGUCCAGUCUUUAGAAGGUCGGUGGUUCGAUUCCCUGCCCCUGCAGUCAUCAUAUUUAAGUGUCCUUGGGCAAGACACUUCACCCCAAAUUGUUCCCUUUGCCACUGGUGUGAGUGUGCGUGUGAAUGUGUAUCACUCGUGAUGAGCAGACGGCAGCUUGUAUGGCAGCCUCGGCCUUCAGUGAAUGUAAGUCUUAACUGGUGAAUGCUGGUGUGUGUUGUGAAGCGCUUUAAAUGGUCACUAAGACUCGGAAAGUUCUUUAUGAAUGAAGUUUAUUUACCAUUUAAACAUGUUAGACUUGACCAUCCAACUCUGCAGGUCCAUGUUUAAAAGACAUUCAGGUCAGAGAGGACUGGAGUAUUUUCUGGUUGUUCUUUUGUCAUUGUUUUUGGCAAAUCUUUGAGUCCGUUUGUAGGAGGGAAUUAAGACAAGAAACACCAUAAAAAUAAACUAUAAAAAGAAAUGUAUUAGGAGUAUUGUAUUUCAAAUUAAUAAUUGCAUUUUUUAGUAUUACUACUUUGUGUUUUGUAUUUCAACAGAUUCUUACUGUGAGAUAUUUGUUUUCUCUAGUUUACAAUGGAGUCAUUACGUCUUAGGAACUGGUAGAAUCUACACCAGUGAAGGUGCAGAACCAAAAAAAAGAAAACAGCAUCAGUGGUUUUAUUGUUCAACAGAUUGCAUGUAAUAUGAAUAU